AUGGCGGUGGAUGAGUUACCUCACCACCAGCUGCGUCACUUCAUCAGCCAGCCGGAACGAAACAUCAUCUACUACGCGAACAACCAAGACAUCUUCGAACUCAACGUAUGCGCCCGGACCCGGAAACAUAUCGCCACUCUCCCUUUCCAAGUCCGAUGUACCGCCUCAGGUUAUGGUUGGAUAUGUGUGGGCGGGGGUGACGAGGGUAACUGGGCGCGAAUCCAACUCAAUCCACCAUCGGCCUCUGAGGUUGACUCAUUACUUCCGCUGAACCUCGAAUACCGGCAGAAUGGACGACGAACACGGCCAACCCUCCCCCCUCCCCUUCCGCGAGUGACGUCAGACCAGCUCGGCGACGACAUUGUAAAUUCUAUCUCGAUACACCAGAUUCAGGAUGACCCCGCCGAGCCGACGGAGGUGCUUGCGGUCCUGACGAACAAUGAUAGGACGGUCCGCAUCUUCUCCCUGACGCGAGAUGCGGAACUGAACAGACUGGAGCUCCCAUUUCCCGCCAACCAUGCGACCAUAUCCCCGGAUGGGCAGAUGCUGGUUGCAGUGGGAGAUUAUCAGCAAGCAUACUUCUAUGAGCGGAUGGAUGUGCCGACGUCAUCCUCCAAGGCCCCAAUCUCCAGGCCAAAAAAAUACGAAUGGGGCAUUCUCAACAUCGUCCAGCUACAUGUCCCGUCGCCAACCACCAUCAUUGGAUACUUCACCACGGCUUGGUCGCCCACCGGAACACUGGUUGCGGUGGGCUCGGAGUGCGGCUACGUCAGCAUCUUCGAUGUGGAUAUUCUGAAGAAAUCGGACUUGGCAGAGAAUGCCCUGAUCGAUGUGUUUAGCGGGUCGCGUCCCGAUCUGGAUAUUGGACCGGGCUCCAUCAGGAGCAUGGUCUUUGCACCGCAACCUUGGGAUCUUUUAGUCUGGGCUGAGGAUCGUGGCCGGGUGUGCGUACUGGAUCUGCGGUCCGGAUUGCGGGCGCGACAAGUGGUUCAUCUCGCUUCCGAUGCUCCGCUGAUGCGUCGGAUGGAGAUUGCCGAUGUUCACUCUCGUCCCGCGACCGAAAGACCCGUGAGCUGGGCGGAGGAAGCGGCAAACAUUCGACGGGAGCAUCAACGCCGCAAUCGCGAUCCUACCUUCGCCGAGGGGAUUAAUCAGUAUGCCGAACGGAUCCAUGCCGUGCUCGGUAACCGGGAACGUGAAGAUUUCAGUCGUGAGGAGGCGGAUCGGGACUGGGAUAACGCGGAACCAGACACGGCGGAAGACCUUGCCAUAGCUAUGGCACAUCGAGCCCUUCAACGAGCCAGUAUCGAAGCCCCCGAGCUACGGAAUGACUCGCAGUACGAUCCGACCACAUCCCAGCCCAACGAGUUCCCAUGGGAAGGCUACAGCACAUACGACCUGCAGCGAGCGAGAGAUCUUGCACGCCUGCACGGACAUAACAUAUCCCUUACCGUCCCUGCACAGGAACCGAACCGCACCCGAAGACUCAAUAACGGGGCGGAAUGGAAUGCCCUGCUAAUACCAUGGUUGCAUCAAAUCCGUACUCUGGACAACGACCGUCCUCAGGACCGAUUAGGAGACGACGAUGACUCGACGCGACGCAUGCGUCUCGCGCUUGCCGCCUUCCGGGCCCGCGCAGGACUUGACGACGACGACCACCCCUCCGACCCCACCACAUCCACCGCCGCCCCCUCCUCCUCUGGCACCACCACCCUCACCCCUACCUCGGACGCCACCCGCUCCCAAGACCACGCGUGGCGGCUCAUCGAGAACGCCGCCCUGCGCCCCACCUACGAUCUGCCCACCACGACCCUCGGUUCCGACGGCCGGCUGAUCGGCAUCACAACGUCCGCAGCGCCGCCGAACUUGUUCGUGCCACGGAUCAGCGGGCACAUGCGGCAGGGCACGGGGGGCGCGGCCGCGGGGUUGCGGACCGCGGGGUUGGCGUGGAGCGUGGAUUAUGAGGAGCUGUGGCGGGGCGGGACGGGGGGAAGGGAGGGCGAGGAUCCGGGGAAUGGGGACGAGGGGGAUAGGGAGCGGGGGCAUGGGCUGCGGUUAUGGGUAGGGACCGAGCAGGGGAUCUUCGAGAUGAAUGUGAAUCUGGGGGGGCGACGGUGUUGGAAUUCGUUGAUGCCGAUAUAG